UGUUUUACACCCAUUUGCGAAGUUUCUCUGAAGUCUGUAAAUAUAUGUUUGCACCUAUUCGCUUCUGUGAGAACUUUCAUCAAACACUUUGCGUGCGCGUACCGUUCCAAUGGAGAAGGCACUGGCUUCUGCUAGUCUUCCUUUCAAGCUUCUUCUCUCGUGCCCCUCAGGUCUUUCACCACCACAGGUAUCUGUGGCAUUUGAUGUAGCAUACGAUCGGCUUCUCCACCAGGACAUUGAAUUGGAAAAUUCCAUUUCUGAGAUAUGGGAUCAGAAGGUUCAGGACAACAAGUCAUUAUACAAUGGAACAAAGUUCCGGUAUGGAGGACACAAUUUGCUUUGUGGUGAUGGAUCUAAUCAGGAUUCUCAUGUAUGUCUCCACCUUGGUUUGACAGAUUAUAGGACUUUUAUGGGGACAAACUUGAAUCCUCAGUGGGAAAAGUUCUUGGUUCCAUCAGAAGAUGACUCUAUACGCUGUCAACACACCUCAAGUCCACUGGGUAAUGGUGCAAUAGUGGAGACAUCUGACAGAAAACUAAUUGUGUUGCAAAGAAGUACUAAUGUUGGGGAAUUUCCUGGACACUAUGUUUUCCCAGGGGGCCAUCCAGAGCCCCAAGAAAUUGGAAUUACAUCCCAUCAGUAUGGCAAGGACUUGACAGGCUCUGAGCUUAUUAACAAAAAGGUUUCUCAGGAGAUGUUUGACAGCAUUAUCCGUGAAGUAGUUGAAGAAAUUGGAGUACCUGCGUCAACCCUUUGCAAUACUGUUUUCAUUGGUAUAUCCCGUAGGGAGUUAAAUGUUAGACCAACCGCAUUUUUUUCCAUCAAAUGCAGUCUGGAGUCAAAGGAAAUUCAACAAUUGUAUUUGAGUGCACAAGAUGGCUAUGAGUCAACUCAACUCUAUGCAGUUUCAUUGAGCGAGUUAGAGAAUAUGACAUCAAAAAUGCCUGGCUGCCAUCAAGGUGGAUUUGCUCUUUACAAGUUGAUGGUAGAAUCUCUGAAGAAUACUUGAUGAAAGUUCAUAACUGCUGAUCAAUCAAAUUUGAACACUUGUGAUGUCACAAUAGCUUUUCAGCAAAAAAUUUGUGCCUUUAGUCUUUACUUUAUUAUUCAUACAAAAACAAAACCGUAUGUUCUUUCCUUAGAUCUACUUCAUAUGUAACAACACAUUGUUAUGCAGAUUAAUAUUUAAAACUUGGGUUCGCUACUGCCCACUUUAUCAAA